AUGUCCGAAAUGAAAUCCGUUGCCUACUUUGUCAACUGGGCCAUUUAUGGUCGCAACUACAACCCACAAGACUUGCCUGCCGAAAAAUUGACCCAUGUGUUGUAUGCAUUUGCCAAUGUUCGACCAGAAAGUGGUGAGGUAUACCUGACCGAUAGUUGGUCUGACAUCGAGAAACACUACGCCGACGACUCAUGGAACGACACAGGCAGCAAUGUAUAUGGAUGCGUCAAGCAGCUAUUCCUUCUUAAAAAACGGAAUCGCAAGCUGAAGGUCCUUCUGUCCAUUGGUGGCUGGACUUACUCAUCCAAUUUUGCCCAGCCCGCCAGCACCGACCAAGGGCGUAACAGAUUUGCCGAGACUGCGACGCGACUGGUUCUUGAUCUGGGAUUUGAUGGACUUGAUAUCGAUUGGGAAUACCCUCAAAACGAGGGUCAGGCCCAGGACCUGGUUGACUUGCUUCGAACUUGUCGCGAGCAUCUCGACCGUGCUGCGGGCCCAAACCGCAAGUUCCAGCUGACAAUUGCUUCACCUGCUGGACCAGCCAACUACAAUCGCCUCAAGUUGGCUGAGAUGACCCGCUACCUUGAUUUCUACAAUUUGAUGGCCUACGACUACGCAGGUAGCUGGGAUUCACUAGCUGGCCACCAAGCAAAUAUUUACCCAUCUGGAAACAUUCCCGGAUCUACGCCCUUCUCCACCAACACUGCUAUAGACCAUUAUGUCCAUUCUGGGGUGCCGCCUAACAAGAUCGUUGUAGGAAUGCCACUGUAUGGCCGUGCGUUCACUAACACCGACGGCCCUGGAUCACAAUUCUCCGGAGUUGGAGAAGGUAGUUGGGAGAAUGGCGUAUGGGACUACAAGGCGCUGCCGCGGCCUGGGGCAUCAGAACAGACGGAUCAGAGUAUUGGGGCUUCAUGGUGCUAUGAUAGUGGACGACGCACAAUGGUUUCUUAUGACAAUCAAGCGGUUAGUCGACAGAAGGCCGAUUAUGUGAGGCAGCGUGGGCUUGGAGGUGGAAUGUGGUGGGAAGCUAGCGGUGAUAAGGGAGAUGGCGGGAGCUUGAUCAGCACAUUUGUGAAUGCUGUUGGUGGGGUUGGGGCACUGGAUCAAGCGUCCAAUGCUAUUAAUUUCCCGGAGAGCAAGUAUGACAACAUCAGGAAGGGGAUGUAG